UGUAUGGGAUAAAACAGCACGGUUUGUUGCCAGUAGUGAUCGACCAAUCAGGAUCGAGGAUUCAUUUUGCUAGAAGAUAAUAGACCUUGUGCGUAGCGGCCGUCUUAUAGGACAAUGCCUUUGUUUUGUUUGGACAUGCAUAGUGAUCCUUUUGUGCAUUCAAUGUUACUGAAUUAAAAUAACAAAAGAUGUCCUCUGAGAUGGCCGCUACGCAUAAGGUUUUACGAAAAAUACUCCCAUGAUAAAAUGCACACGUGAACCGUAUUUUUUGUUUUCGAAAACGAAACCAGACUAUAUGGGCAUACAUUACGUUACACUGUUGCGCCUUUAAUCUGAUUUAAUCUCAUAUCUGUUCAAAGGACAAAGUGAAGUGCCAUCAAACAAAGUCUAAACGAGACUGUAGCCAACAAACGUAAACACCUGAAGUUGCCUUGGCCUACGUGUUUUUGCGGCUGUUUUCAGUCCCGAAAUUAAAUAAACAAACUGGAAUCAAUAAUAUCUGUUGCAUGUCCAUUACCAUAUACCGUCAACACCUGUUGAAUGAUUUCAUCAGACAUGAGAAAUAUAUUAGUGUCAGUCUCUUCGCAAUCUGAGUAAGUCAGUUGGACGGUGGACCCGUGUGUCAAGGUUAAUAGCUGAGCGCUUUUCAAACUGCCUUUUACAGCCUACUUUGUCGUCGCGUUGUGCAUUCGGAAAUCGUCUAAAACAUUGAACCUGGGUAAAUUUAACACAACCGUACCAGCUGUCACAGGAUAGAUUUUAGGUUACCUGAAACAAAGUGAAAAGUUCUUGCUGAAGUGUGAAAGAAACAGAUGAUUGUCAUGGUGCGUCUUUGGGAAGUGGUUGUGGUGGCGGUGGUGUAUAUGGCGGCAGUCGUGCCCCUUGGUAUCACUCAAGAAGGUACUCGUAACUUUACCCCUUCAACUGAGCUGUAUUUCAGUUUAACGACAGAACAACCCGGCAAUAUAACCACCAAUGUACCAGGAAAUGUGACAACCAAGCACGGUAACUCAACGGAACCUUAUAACUUCACCACUAUUGAACCACCGUCAAACACGACGACAUCACAGCCGGGCAAUAUAACCACCAAUGUACAUGUGCCAGGCAAUAUGACAACCAUGCCUGGUAACUCAACGGAACCGCCUUAUAAUUUCACCACUGUUGAGCCACCGUCAAACAUGACCACAUCACAGCCGGGCAAUAUAACCACCAAUGUACCAGGCAAUAUGACAACCAUGCCCGGUAACUCAACGAAACCGCCUUUCAACUUCACCACUGUUGAACCACCGUCAAACAUGACCACAUCACAGCUGGGCAAUAUAACCACCAAUGUACCAGGCAAUAUGACAACAAUGCCCAGUAGCUCAACGGAACCGCCUUAUAACUUCACCACUGUUAUGACGACAUCACAGCCGGGCAAUAUAACCACCAAUGUUCAUGUACCAGGCAACAUGACAACCAUGCCUGGUAACUCAACGGAACCGCCUUAUAACUUCACCACUGUUGAGCCACCGUCAAACAUGACCACAUCACAGCCGGGCAAUAUGACCACCAAUGUUCCAGGCAAUAUGACAACCAUGCCCGGUAACUCAACGAAACCGCCUUAUAACUUCACCACUGUUGAACCACCGUCAAACAUGACAUCACAGCCGGUCAAUAUAACCACCAAUGUACCAGGCAAUAUGACAACCAUGCCUGGUAACUCAACGGAACCGCCUUAUAACUUCACCACUGUUAUGACGACAUCACAGCCGGGCAAUAUAACCACCAAUAUGACAACCAUGCCUAGUAACUCAACGGCACCGCCUUAUAACUUCACCACCGUUGAACCACCGUCAAAUAUGACAACAUCACAGCCGGGCAAUAUUACCACCAAUGUUCCAGGCAAUAUGACAACCAUGCCUGGUAACUCAACGGAACCGCCUUAUAACUUCACCACUAUUGAACCCCCGUCAAACAUGACCACAUCCCAGCCAGGCAAUAUAACCACCAAUAAACCAGGCAAUAUGACAACCAUGCCUGGUAACUCAACGGAACCGCCUUAUAAUUUCACCACUGUUGAGCCACCGUCAAACAUGACCACAUCACAGCCGGGCAAUAUAACCACCAAUGUACCAGGCAAUAUGACAACCAUGCCCGGUAACUCAACGAAACCGCCUUUCAACUUCACCACCGUUGAACCGUCCAAUAUGACCACAAAACAGCCAGGCAAUAUAACCACCAAUGUACCAGGCAAUAUUACAACCAUAUCCGGUAACUAUACCGAACCGCCUUUGAACUUGACCACUCCGACUCUCCCAGGAAAUGCAACUGACAAUUCUACCACUACUGAACUUAUCAAUGCUACCUCUCAGUUUCCAGUGAUGCCAACGACGGCUGCGUCCAACUUACCUAAGGACGAAACACCCAAAUUUAAAGGAAAACCUAAGAAAGUUAUAAGGAUUGAGGUGGCUAUCUCAGAAGACUCGACACAGUGUCGGCCGGCCAAAAAUAAUACUUCCAGUUAUUGUCAGGCGUUGGGCAAGUACUUUUUCAAAAGGGCUGAAGUUUAUUACAGAAAUAUCCAAGGAUUUCAAACAGUUCGCCUGGCUGAUGAAAUGAGGAAAGGCAGCGUGAUUAUUCCACACGAAGUGGUGUACGAUUAUGUAGGUAUGCGCCCACAAGAUGAAGGGCUUUCGGCCAUGGAAGUUUACCAGCGUACACUGGCACCAGCUGUUGCCAUGGGGAAACUCGGGAACCUCAACGUACUGAUAAACUGUAGCGACUGUUCCGAGCCUGAAGAUGAAACCAACUUUUGUAACUUUACAAAGAAUGGUCUGGCGUCAUGCCAGAACCCCUACCUGGAGCUGCAGUGCGUGGACGGGUACGUCAAGUGUCGCUCUCCCUGUAAAGCUACCCACGCCGACUACUGCAACGAUCACGGUGUGUGUAGCCAGGCCGACAACGCUAACCCGACAUGUCGGUGCUCGGACUCGAGCAGUGAAUGGUACCACGGCGACAGGUGUCGGUAUUCCACCAGUAAGGUCGGAGUGAUCGGCGGUGUUUCUGCGGUGCUGGUGCUUUUCAUCGUGUUGGUAUACGCGGCUGUCUAUUGGUGCAAGAAAAGAAGUAACAAACGCCGUUCAUGGAACCUUUUGAGCAAUGAAAACGAUGACGAAGACGAUUACGAUAGUGAAGAAGAUGUCGACGGAUUUGCAAGGGGUCCAAAAGAUCCGGCGACUCUUUCCGGUGCACGAAGUGAUCCUCCCCCGAUGAUGAGGGCGGUAAAUACACCUACUUGGAGAUGGAGCACCCCUGAACAACUCGAUAUACAACGAUGUACAUGUAGAAAUAUACAAGCAGGAAACAGUAUUCUUGCUUGCUUAAUCUAUAAAUAAAAAUUUGAAAAAAAUUGCAUGAUUUGUAUUGGGAGAAAUUUGACAUUGAUCUUUUGUAUAUUAAGGUCCGUAUUUUUUCGUGUAGAUUUUACUGUUUGUUUUCUUUGAAAGAGAGAAAAAAAGAAUGAACAUUUAGCAGCUAAACAUCUACAUCAGCUAUCAAUAGCUUUAAAGUGUGCACUUUAACAUCUGCCCAAUGAUAUGUAUGUUUUCAUUUUUAGAUAAACAAUGCAUUGAUAUACGCUGAGAAAACUCAGUGAAAUAAGGUGGAUAUCAUGGAUUUACAAUCAUAUAGUCGCAUGAGUUUCCAAAAUGUGGUAUUAUAUAGGCAUGCAGUUCAUAAUUAGGCACAAUAGAAGGCGACUAAUAACAUUGACAAAUCAUUAAUUUUCAUUUGAAACAAAAUGAUUAACCCAUUAUUAUUCCCUGUCUGUUCAUUUUUUUCUGCGAAAGAAGAACGAGGGCAUGGUGCAUGAAUUAUGAAACAUUAUUGAAUGUGAACAGCUGCAAGGCAAUUAUCGAUCGUUUACGAAAGGCCAAAAAUGGUUAUCGAUAUAUCGUGCAUAAUUCUGUUUUCAAGUCAAAAGGCAUGUCUGAAGCAAAGCCGUUUACUGGAAUUAACGUUAUGACAUUGGUUUAAGCUAUAACCCUCACAAGUGGUACCUUCUGCAUCCCGAAGUGACAAAAACCUCAAUGUCCUGCAAAAAGGUCAUCUCGAGAUAAUCAGAUUUUUGAGUUAAUCAAUUUUUCAAAACACGUUUUCGACUAGUUGGUAGUUACAGAUUUGGGAAUUUUUGGCAUUGUCAAGUAACGUAUGCUUUGUUCUUUGCUAAUUCAAAGUUGUUUGUUUAAAGUCUCUCUUAAUUUAAAAAGUAAUUCAUUAAUAAAGAUAUUUUGCAGUUCGUGAAAACAGCAAAACGCAUAGGUCCCUAGUUUUUGUCCCAUUACUUUGAACACACUGCACAGGUCAAAAAUAUUACUUUUAAUUACGGACAUAAAAAUACACGUUUGUGUAAUUUAAUAUAGCUCUAUGGUUUGUGCACAAACCUACGGGAAUGUAUAGGUACGCGUAAUGCACGUUUUGCGUGCGUAGAGCGUCCAUGACGGAACGGGAAAAUUUGUGCACACUAUGGCGCGUAUGCACGCGCUGCCAAUCUAGUCUUUAUAUUCUAUGCUCUGGCCCUGCUAUAAUAGCAGAAACAUACCUCGUUAUAUCGAGGUAAGUUUUUGUCACUUCGUAUAAACAAAAACACGGAGUU